CGUCGGGCUGGACGAGCCGCUCGGCGAGUUAGUACGACUCGUGACGUCGCGGUUGUCGGUUGUUCCGUGUCCAGUGUCCGCGUUCGCCGUACAACUCGGCGAUGUGACCGGUUCUGCAAGUGACGUGCGCUUCACCGUACAAACCCAGUCGCGCUCGAGAAUCGUUCCGCAGCCACGGACUCGGUGUCCCGCCAACGAGUUUCAAACUACGAGCUGGCGGAACGCGAGACAACCGUGCCACGCGAUCCCGCGAGUGCCGCCGCGUUUCUCUCGGCGUGAACGCGCAACCCCGCGCGAGAAGGAUAACGCUGAUAGCUUACUGAAAAGAUCGUCCUCGGUCCAUCACCGGCGGAGAUAUCCCGUCUUCUAGAAUCCCGCGCGUCAGUGGUAUACGCAUCGUCGUCUCUCGGGUCCAGUGUCCAGUGUACGCGUCCGUUUCCGAACGUUCGAUCGUCGUUGCCCGGUUCCGAAAUCGGAAAUCGAACACCGCGUCACCGAUCACGAUUCGUUUUCGGAAUUGCAAUUGCACGAGGAGAUACACAUUCGCGUCGCGAGCGUGGACGGGUACGCGCGAGUGAACGUCGACCGGUAGCGAUCGAGUGCCAGAGAGUUCGGUCCGCGAAAGUGAGGUUACCCGCGUCGGUUGGAGGCGAGUUCGAGAAAACCGUGAGUCGAAAAGGAGAGGCAUCGGCGAGCCGGGAGAAAAAGACGGACGGACUGAGAGGGAGGUUGACCGAAGGAUAAAAAGAGAGAGUGUGCGAGGGAGAGAGGGAACGAGAGAGAGUGCGUGUUUGCGGCUACGGAAUCGAGGACGAGCGCAGAGGAAGGCCAGGGAAACAUGUCGAGGCUGCUGAAAGGCGAACCGACCGCCGGUUAUGUCAUUGACUCUGACGCGGAUCGCCGAAUGUAUUAACCCGCGUCGCCGAUGACGCGUCACGACGCCUGAUCGUCGGAAAGCAGUGAAACGGCCACGACGGAGCCGCCGAACGGGAGGCGGGAGGCGGAAGGACCCGACGGAAAAGAGGACGGGGACACGGACCGGAAGUACGUCGGAACGAGGACUACUGCUGCUCGACUUCUCUCUGAUCUUAGCCGUAGAAAAGAGAAGCAGGCCGGGCGUCGUGCCUUCCACUGCCCACCGGAAGUCAUAUGCCCAUACACGCGCGGAAAACGCGUGCAGCUUGCGAGGAAAUCGAAAUGGUCGAGCUGUGCGGCAGCGGUCAACCGACUUCCGCGAUGGGAGUGAUGGGCCUCGGCUCGGUGGUGUCCGCGGCGACGUCGUCCUCGUCCUCGUCGACGACGACCACCGCCGCCUCGUCGGCGACGGGCCGCGCCGGUGUCUUGGAGACGCAGGUCCGCGGUCAAUGGUACCGCGUGUUCGUCUCCCUCGAGGAGGACUACCUGAGCAUCUCGUUGGACGAGAGCUGCGAGACCGGCAACAACGCGCUGAACAACGGCAACAUCAACAACAACAACGUGGACAGCCUGAACGACCCGGACGUGCCGGACUCGGUCGCCAAUCAGAAGCGUAUCGUGCGCGUGGUGAAGAGCGACAACAACGGCCUCGGUAUCUCGAUCAAGGGCGGCAAGGAGAACAAAAUGCCGAUCCUGAUCUCGAAGAUCUUUAAAGGAAUGGCGGCGGACGCCACCGAGCAACUGUACGUCGGCGACGCGAUCUUGGCAGUGAACGGGGAAGAUCUGCGUGAAGCGACUCACGACGAGGCGGUCAAGGCUCUGAAGAGGGCUGGCAAAGUCGUCGAGCUGGAAGGUGAGUGGUUUAACAAUUACUCUUAA